GUUGCUGCCUCUUGUCACAGAGAGAACGGUUCACUUAAAUGCAGCUGCAGUACUUCUCUGUGAUACCUGUCAGAGCCAUUACCAGAGCGAGGUUGGGUUUGUGACCAUGAUGUCAAGAUUUAUCUGUCUUCUUUUCUGUGGAUAUAUUGCACUAGACCUGGGAAAUACUCAGAAAUUGCCAAGAGUGAAAAGGCAGAGUCUGAAGGUUCAGAUCAAUGCAACAGAUGACACUGUUUGCAUGAGGUAUCUUCGACCAAGUCAAAGCACCAAGCUAGAAGGUUUUGUCCUGGGUUAUGGGAGCAACUUCUUUUCUAAUCAGUACAUUCCUUUACCUGCAGAAGGAAAAAACUACAUAACAGAACUUGAUGCAGAGCCACGGUAUUUGGUUUCAGUAAGACCAGCACGUGUUUCAAAUAACAAGAAAUCUUGUUCAGGUCGGAACAAGACACAAAAGCCUCUCCAGCUGGUGGUUGGCACUCUCAGCCCAACCUCUGUAUUUCUCUCUUGGGGCAUCCUGGUGAACCCUCAACAUGACUGGACAGCAACAAGUAACUGUGGUAGUGACAGGUUCUAUACAGUUCGCUACAGAGAAAAAGGUAAAGACAAGAAAUGGGUUUUUCAGCUCUGCCCAGCUACAGAGACAGUGAUUGACAACCUGAAACCAAACACACCUUAUGAAUUUGGAGUUAAAGACAAUGCAGAGGAUAGUAUUUGGAGCAAGACUUUGAAUCAUAAGACAGUUCUCUCUAGUAAAAAAGUAAAUGGACAACUCCAGAAUAUGUACAAGCUGGUACCCAAUUCCCAAACACAGAUUAUACUGAGUGGUAAUAAGAAGUUGGUCCCUGUCACAAUAAUCAAACAAAUUAUUCAAAAUCGGACGCAGUCAAAAGCACCAGAUAGUUCUUCUCUCCCAGGAGCAAUAUUAGUGCACCUUAUUGUUCCAGGUCUCAAUGAAAGUCAGCAGAAACUUCCUCCUCUCCUGACAAUAGAUGACAUACCUCAAGCAUCCAGGAAGAAACUGGCUAAGAAUGAAACUGGAGUAUGGCCUGCUGAAUCCAAAACACCAGAAGUUCAAGAAAUCUCCCCACAGUCCCUUCCAGCUCAAGCUGAGAAAACACAUGGACCUGAAGAUUUUAAAUCAACACCUAAGCCCAAAUUGGUGCAAACUCAAAACAUACUGGCUUCUAAUGAAAUACAGCUUCUUCCUUCUGGAUCCAGAAUCCUUGAUGCUCCAAAAAGCCCAUUGACAGAACUUGCUACUCAGAGUCCAACCUUGAAAUCCAUAUCUCUACCUUCUGCAGAAACAAGAGAGAUGGAAAUGGCUUUUGAGGAAAAACAGACUGUAUCUUCAGGAUCCAAACCAUCUGGUAGCAUGGAAGUGCAACCAACCCGAUCCGAUUUAGGUGAAAGGAAGCCUCUUUCUUCAAGAUUCACAACAUCUGGCAUGCCAGAAAUGCCACCAAUCUCAGCUGCAACCAAGAGACCAGAGCUGGAAUUGACCUCGUCUGCUUCACGGGAAACCACGAGGAAGGCUACCCGAAGACCAAGGCCGAAGUCCACCACUCCUUCCUCCCUGGCAACUCAACAAACCGUGAUGGCCUCACGUGACUUUCUUCAUGUUAUUUCCACUCCCCAAACUUCUACAUCUGCAAAAAUGUCAGAGCAAGAGACUGCUACCUGGGGAUCAGGCCUGAAAAUCACUUCUCGUCCCACCAUGGAAACCAGAGUGAGCAUGAUGGCUUUUGAUGAAAAUCAGCACAUUUCUUCAAGACCCGAAACAUCUGGCAUCCAAGAAAUGCCAUCUGCUUUACCUGCAACCAAGAGACCAGAGCUGGAAUCGACCUCGUCUGCUUCACGGGAAACCACAAGGAAGGCUACCCGAAGACCAAGGCCGAAGUCCACCACUCCUUCCUCCCUGGCAACUCAACAAACCGUGAUGGCUUCACUGGACUCUAAUGAUAUUAGUUUCCUGUCCCAAACUUCUGCAUCUGCAGAAAUAUCAAAAACAGAGACUGUUACAAGUACAGCUGACCUGGAAAAAUCUAUGCCUCCACUUUCCAGAACACCUCAUGUGCUAACAACAACUGAGGUUUUCAGUGGUGUUCAGCCUGUUCUUUCAAGUCCUGUGGCACCUAGUAAGCCUGAAAUAGCAGAAGCUGGACCAGCAGCAACAAGUGAAUCCAUUUUGGAAUCUUUCACACCUAAAACUUCCCGUCCUUUUCAAUGGCCAAGGGUAACAUUAGCUCCAAAAGAAAUACCACUUAUUCCUUCUAAACCGAAACCAUCUGCUACCCCAGAAGUACAACAUGUGAAACCUGCCCCUAAACCACCACUUUUGGCGCCUAAAACUUCUCAGACUGUUGAAAAACCAAAAGCAACCCUAGCUCCUAAAGAAGCAAAACUCACUACUUCUGCAUCUAAACCUAGACCAUCUGCCAGACCCCAAAAGCCACGAACUAAACCUGCAGCAACCCUUCCAGUGUCAGUCACUACUAGGAGUCCCUACACAUAUGAACGUCCAAAGACUGCAGAGGUCUUGGAACCUGUAACACUUAGAACUGAACCACCAAGGUCACCCAUAGCUCCAAAGGAAACUCAACGUGUUCCAUCUAAACCUAAAACUUCACCCAAACCUCUCAUCCCACAAGCCAAAGAUGUCCUGGAACCUAUAACACUUAGACCUGAUCUACUAAAACCAACAAUAGUUCCUAGAGAACCACAGCAUGUUCCUUCCAAACCUAGAACAUCACUAAGCCCAGAGGUGCCACGAACAAAACCUGCUUCAAAAGAUACUUAUCACAGGCCUUCCAAACCUAAAACAUCACCCAGUCCACGUGUUCCACCAACUAGAGCAAGUCCAAAAGAAAGUCGGCGAGUCCCCUCCAAGCCCAGGGCAUCACCAAGUCCAGAUGCACCAUACACAAAACCUGCUCUUAAAGAACCACAACAUAUUCCUUUUAAACCCAGAGCAACUCCCAUCCCGGAUGCUCCAUACAGGAAGCCUGAGAUUCUUCCAACCUUUGAUGAACGAGGUACUACUAUGAUCCCUCAUAUUCCUGAAAGAACAAAGGCAACAUUUGCUCCAACUGAAAAACAGUUCAUUCAUACCAAAAGAAAAACAACUGAAAGACCAAGAGUGCCAUACACCAAACCUGCAAUAUAUCCGACAACUCCACAACUGAUUAUUACAAAAUCUUCUACUACCACUGCUCGUUCGAGGGCAACAAUGGCUCCAAAAGAAACACUGCUCAUUCCUUCCAAACCAAAAACAUCUGUUGGGCCAGAAGCACCACAAACUAAACCUGCUCCAAGGGCAACACACCUGGGAUCAAUUAACCUUGUAACAGUUCAUGUUGUUGAUGGGUCCAAAAUACCUUUGGUUCCCAAUGAAACAUACCACAUUUCACCCAGGCCCAAAAUUGGUCAAGCAACUGAAAUUCCUUGGUUUGAUACAGCCCCUCACAAAACUCGUCUCACUUCUGCAAGACCAAAGCCAUCGGAUAAAUCACAGAUCAGACCUGUUUUUAGUAGAACCACACUAGCACCAGCCAGAACAAAAGCACCUGGACUGCCAAAGUGGAUUGUGCCAACAACAGAUUAUCUUUAUACACCUGAGGCUACUGCCAGACCAAUUGACAUGGGUGUCAAAAGACCUCCAGAAUAUGUUGACACCUGGCAAAAGCCAAUUUCUGUGACUACAUCACCUGGCCCUCAGCACCCUCCUAUACCUCCUGCCAGGCCUACACAAAUGAGAAGAAAACCUCUGCCUCCCAACACCGUGACUGGUAAACCAGGGAGUCCAGCUAAGCCUGCUGGACCAACAUCACCUGUGAGGACAGGAACAUUGCAUAAGACACCAACAGCUUUUGCAACUCCAGAGUACUACGUUGAUGCAACUGUCUUCAGCUCAAGUCCUACAUCAGAAACAGAUUCUUCAGGAAAACCAAGGUACCAAGCCCCCCAUGUCAAGUACAUGAAGAAAGAUGAUGAUGUGCCUUGCUCCAUCACAAGCUCUCUUGAACAUUUUCCUCAAGAAGAAGUUGGCAGCAAGGAAGAACCCACUCGUCCUCCACAAAAUCCUCCAACCAACCUCACAGUGGUGACUGUAGAGGGCUGUCCAUCCUUUGUCAUACUGGAUUGGGAAAAACCAGAUAAUGACACUGUUACUGAGUAUGAGGUUGUGUCAACUGAAAAUGGAGGAACUGAUGGUGAAAAGGAGAAAUCAAUUAUCACUACAAAUCAAACCCAUUCUACUGUGGAAAACCUAAAACCUGACACAAGUUAUGAAUUCCACGUGAAACCUAGGAACCCCCUUGGUGAAGGCCCAAGUAGCAACGUUGUGGCAUUCAGUACUGAAUCAGCGGACCCAAGAGUGAGUGAGCCAAUUUCAAUGGGGAAAGAUGCUAUCUGGACUGAAAUCCCAUUCAAUUCAGACACAUACUCAGAAUGCAAAGGCAAACAAUACGUAAAGAGGACUUGGUAUAAGAAGUUUGUAGGUGUGCAGCUAUGCAAUUCCUUGAGAUACAAGAUAUACCUCAGUGAUUCACUUACAGGAAAAUUUUAUAACAUAGGAGACCAGAGGGGCCAUGGAGAAGAUCACUGCCAAUUUGUAGACUCAUUCUUAGAUGGAAGGACAGGACAGCAAGAAGAUCUACCAGUCAAAGAUGGGUUUUUCAGGGCAGUUCGUCAGGAACCUGUCAAAUUUGGGAAAAUAGGCGGGGAGACUCAGAUUAACUACGUGCGCUGGUACGAGUGUGGCACAUCGAUACCUGGCAAGUGGUAGGUGCCACGUGAGGUCGGUGCAGAGGCCCAGCCCGUGCCCCCGCCCAGCUGCCCAGCGCAGGCUGCAGGAAGGCAACGCUUACGGUGCGCCUGGCACUUCGGUGCAAGGCUUAUACAAGUCUAAUGCCAAUACUGCAUUAAUUGUCUAAUAGUGUAGGCUGCUUACUGUAGUUAUCCAGUGUUACAGAUUUGUUUUUAGAAUUUAAAAAAAACACAGGCUAGGGACAUGUUGUAGGAUAAUGUAUAGGGAAGCUGGCUCCCUAUUCUUGAGGUAUGGUUUAUAUGGUAUUUUAAAAGAUGCAGUGUGUAUAUUAUUUAUCACGAUGUUGUAAUAAAUGUUUAAGGCACAGAUAUGCCAGAGUUGGUCAUGGAAUGCAAAGUGCAUUAGUUUUUAAAUAUUCACUGGUCCUGUAAUGCAAGUGCCAUAAGCUACCCAUCCUAAUCCAUCUGUAACAUCUCCCAGUCAUAAAUUAUAGAAAAGAUCCUAUAAUUUUUAAUAUCCUGCAGCCAGUAAACUUGAAGCACUUUCUCCUUACAUGUAUGAACAGUUUAUGCUCCUGCCGAAACGCUGAGGUAGGUUGCUGUAUGUGCAGCUUUAAAUUAUCAAGUUCAGUGGAGUUUUCUUCCAUGUUUGUUUUCAAAUGUUUCAGCCCCAGCCAAAGCCAUGUUCAGCCUGUCACUAUGGAGUCAGAGCCACUGCCCAUGAGCCUGGUGGUGGCUGGCAGGGAGGGUUGGUGUUCUUUAAUUGAAGUGGACAGGUACAUAUUGACAUGGAAUGAAAAAACAAAGCUGGCCUCCACAGCUGGGGUUUUUCAGGAAAAUGUAGUUUUCAGAGCCUGACACUGGUUCAAAAGCCAACUGUAUGUACCAUGCAAGGGGACUUGGAAAGAAAAAUGAAAGAGGAAAAAGAAUAAACCAGUUAUAACAGCAUGAUGAGGUUUAUUUUAUUUUAAAAUUCUGGUUUAAAACAUUUUUCAUUGGGGACAAAGGGGAAAUACUGAUAACUGAACUUUAACACUGCUUUACAGUUAUUUUGAUUAAAACCUCUCCCAAAGCUA